CAGGGGACAGACCCAAGGGCUGAUAUGGGGACACCUGCUGAGGGGGGAAUUUACCACGGUAAGGGCAGGGCUGGGAGGCUGGGCAGCCAGUUUCACCCUCGCACAGGGUGCCUGGCAAGACCAGCGGCUGGAGGUGAUGUCCUCAGUAGAGAACGGUGGCCACUGGAAACGUGUGGCCAGAAGGGGAAACGCUCGGGCCUCUGGUGGGGACCAGCCUGGGGUGGGGUCGGCCAGAGUCAGCUGCCUUUCCUUCAUGCUGGGGAGGAGAUGUGUGCAUGUGACAAAGCAUUUGAUAGCAUGCCAAAAGUUUCCUCCAUUAUGUGCGUGUCAACUGUUUGACCAGGUCAGAACUCUUGUUCUAUGCGAAUGUGCUCACGCAGACAGAAGCGGAGGGGCUCCGUCGCUCUGCCCUCACGCCGCUGAACUGCGAGGUUCUCCCGCUCCUCAGGCUUGCGGCUCGGCUGCGAAGUGUGUCAGGUGUGCAUCCUGGGUGCUCCUUUGUGCUCUGUCCUACAGUGACACAGGCGGUGUGGGGUUAGACAGGUACCGGUCAGAUUACGGUGGCACAGGCGGCGUGGGGUUAGACAGGUACCGGUCAGAUUACGGUGGCACAGGCGGCGUGGGGUUAGACAGGUACCGGUCAGAUUACGGUGGCACAGGCGGCGUGGGGUUAGACAGGUACCGGUCAGAUUACGGUGGCACAGGCGGCGUGGGGUUAGACAGGUACCGGUCAGAUUACGGUGGCACAGGCGGCGUGGGGUUAGACAGGUACCGGUCAGAUUACGGUGACACAGGCGGCAUGGGGUUAGACAGGUACCGGUCAGAUUACGGUGACACAGGCAGCGUGGAGUUAGACAGGUACCGGUCACAUGCACGGGCUCCCUAAACCCCUGCUGUGGCUUCGGCAGUAAAGACAGGACGCACCCAUGUCACAAGAGGAGCACAGGCAGGGGUGUUGGUGUUGGGGCAGCCCUCAGGGUCUCCAGACCCCAGCCCCACUCACACAGCAGCCUAGGAAGGAAGGGCAGAGUCCCAGGUGUCAGCUGGUGUGUCUCCCAGGAGCUGCCCCUCCCUGGAAGUCACAGGACAGGAAUGACAGAUCAGGGAACUGCAGGAAGCUGCCACCUCUGGGGUCAGAAUAUGCCCAGCCUGCGGGGGCUCUCUAUCGGGGUCUUCGAGAGCCAGACAGCCUGCCUUGUGCUGCAUACCUGGCUUUGCUCUGUGCAGAACCCAGCACACGUGAUUUUGUGUGACAUGCCAGCAGCCUGGCUCCCAGGACAGGAGGCCUGCCCUGGGGGAGGGGCUGCAGGAGGAGGGUGGGGCGGGCACCCAUGAGUCUGUCCAGCCUUGUCACAGAUGCAUCGCCCACCCUGCGGUCCUGAUUUCAGCUCACCUCAGAGUAAAUCAGAAUAAACCGCACCCAGACUUUCACGAAUGCAUGUUGACGCUUUCAGUUCACCCCUUUCUUUGCUAACUUUCUUCCUAUUUUCUUCUAAUGCGAGAGCUUAUUAAUUUGAUAUUUAUCAUUUUGAAUAACUUUUCUCCUUUUUAGUAACAAAAUGUACUUCACUCUUAGUAAAAUAUAUUUACUAUUUUAGUAACAAAAAUAUACUUGCCUAAUCAUGUUUAAAAUAUAGUGAUGUGAAAAAUUCA